AUCCCAAAAAAGCUCCUGACCGGCAGAGAGGGGGAAGACGGCAGAAACGGGGCAACGAGGAGCAGCCGACGCUCCUUCUACAUCAACUGCAAUGGGCACCUGCAAAGCCGGGGCGGAAAAAGAAGACGCCACGGGAAAAGACGGAGCGGUGUACCUGAGGAAGAAGAUCACUUUACUCCGAGCCGUCUCGCUGGUGAUCGGCUCCAUUAUCGGGAGCGGAAUCUUCAUCUCCCCAAAAGGGGUCCUGAAAAACUCGGGCAACGUGGGUCUUUCGCUGGUCGUCUGGGUGGCUUGCGGAGUCCUCUCCAUGUUCGGGGCGCUGUCCUACGCUGACAUUGGCACCGCUAUCAAGAAGUCCGGGGGGCAUUACAUCUACCUGCUGGAGACUCUGGGUCCGUUGCCAGCCUUCUUGCGACUCUGGGCUGAAUUUGUCAUGAUCCGGCCGGCUAACAUCGCCGUGGGCUCUCUGGCCUUCGGACGGUACCUGAUCGAGCCGGUCUUCGCCCCGUGCCAUGCGCCUGAUCCGGCUGUUAAGCUGCUGAGCGCCAUUGGGAUCAUUUUUAUCAUCGCCCUGAACUGCUGGAGCGUCAGCUGGUCGGCGAAUCUUCAAACCACCUUUAUGGUCCUGAAGCUGGUGGCCAUCGGACUCGUUAUCGUCCCCGGGAUGAUCGCGCUGGCCAACGGACGGACGGAGAAUUUCCAGAACGCGUUCGAUACGUCGUCCUUGGCUCUGGAUAAACUCCCUCUGGCGUUCUAUUCUGGAAUGUUUGCCUUCGGAGGCUGGUUUUAUAUCAAUUUUGUAACAGAGGAAAUGAUAAAUCCGGAAAGAAACAUCCCGAUAACCGUGAUCGUCUCCCUGACCGUGGUCACCGUCUGCUACCUCCUCGCCAACGUUUCCUACUUCGCGGUCCUGACGGCGGACGAGGUUCUGGCCUCGGAGGCCGUGGCCGUGAGCUUUGCUGAUCAAACACUCAGACAAUUCUCCUCCGUGAUCCCCGUCCUCGUGGCCCUGUCCUGCUUUGGAGCCUUAAACGGAGGGAUUUUCGCCUCUUCAAGGAUGCUCUUUGUGGCCGCCCGGGAAGGUCAGUGGCCGUUUUUGUUCUCAAUGAUCCAUAUUCGGAGACAGACCCCGCUCCCCGCCCUGAUAUUAAUGAUGCCUCUCGUCUUUCUGAUGAUCGCCAUGGGUGACCUUUAUGGACUCUUAAACUUCUACAGUUUCUCCCGUUGGAUCUUCAUGGGACUUGUUACCCUCGGGCUCAUCAUACACCAGCGGCGAUACCCGCAUCUGCCCCGACCUUUCAAGGUACCGAUUAUUAUACCGCUGGUGUUUACCACGCUCUGCCUGUUCAUUGCGGGCAUGUCCCUGUACUCGGACCCCCUGAAUACGGGUAUCGGCUGCGCCAUCACGUUGAGUGGGCUUCCCGUCUACUACCUUACCCUCCAUAAGUCGAGACUACCCCAGCGGUGGAGAGACAAUUUCAAUUUCCUGACCACGAAGCUACAAGUGUUGAUGGAGGUGAUCCCCCAAGAAGUGCAAACCUACUAAAAAGCUGGAGAUUUAGGGGCUGCGCAACGUACGAGAUACACAUCCGAGCCCCAUGGACACUGUUACCGGCCACGUCCGCCAUCUUGCAUCGUCCUUCACAGCUUAUAUGAAUCGGAUAAGGAUUUUCCAAGGAUCUGGGCAGAAUAUACUUGAACGUAACUCAGUUAUGGGCAUUAGACAAGCUUUUUUUAGAAAUGUUUAACAAAAAAUUUGAUACCUAACAGGGCAAAACAAGCUUCUCUAUAUUAAUAUCAAAAGAGAAAUAUCCAUCCCUAAAAAUAAAAGAAUUUAGAAUCGAAGCGA